AUGAUAGCCAAUGGAAGCUUCUUGCCGUCAAUGGAAGCCAAUGAGCGAAUAGGUGGAGUGGUAGGCGGGCACGCCGAGGAGGUUGACGUGUGCUUACUACUCUCCUGUGUUGAUGGGAUCAGUUGUGAAAGCAAAGAAAAAAGACGGUCAUGGAACGUGGAUUUUGUUCAGCAGGGUACCUCGGUGCAGGAAAUCCAAACCAGUCGCGAGAACCUCCUGAGGAUCAACUCUGCCAGGGAGCUGAUGCAGUGUUCCGCAGCCGUGGACGUGCUCUUCCUGCUGGACGGCUCGUACAGCGUGGGCAAGGCCAACUUUGAGCGGGGCAAGCAUUUCGCGCUCAAGCUCUGUCAAGUCCUAGACAUAAGGCCGGAUAAGGCACGUGUAGGAUUCAUCCAGUUUGGUUCCGUCCCUCGAUUGGAGUUUGCGCUGGAUUCCUACUCAACGAAAAGAGAGCUGAGGAUGCACUUGAAGAAGAUUUCUUACAGAGGCGGCAGCACCCAGACGGGCCUGGCACUCAAGUACCUGCUUUGGAAAGGUUUCCCGGGCGGGCGCGACAACUCCUCCACAGCGGCCCGCGUCGCCGUUCUCCUAUCGGAUGGGAUGUCACAAGGCGACGCCGUCCGGAUGGCGGCGCAGCUUAAAAAGGAAGGAGUCGUUUUGUUCUCCGUCGGCUUACGCUAUCCCAGGUGGGAAGAGCUUCACGCUUUGGCCAGCGAGCCGACGGACAGCCACGUUUUCUUCGCGGAACAUUUUGCUGACGCCGUCAACGGCUUGUAUACGACGCUCACCACAACCUCCAUUUGUAAUGACACGCCAGCAGGCUGCCAGGUGGAGGCGUUCCCGUGUGAGAGAAAGACAUUGGAGACUGUGAAGGAGCUGCAGGGGAAUUUCAUGUGUUGGAAAGGCUCCAAUGGUUUUUUCCCGCAGACGUCUGUCUGUCCAUACUACAGCUACAAGAAGGCUUACAAGAGGCACCCCAGCAUCUGCCAUCGGACCGUCUGUCCCGACCCGUGCGACUCAGAGCCGUGUCUGAACGGAGGAACAUGCGUCUCGGAAACUCAGCGGGACUACACUUGUAUUUGUCCGCCUGGUUAUGGAGGAGACCCUCACUGUGCGCCGGCUUUGUCUCUGGACUGCGCGGUGGACCUGCUUUUCCUUUUGGAGGGUUCGGACACACUCCCCCCAGAAAAUUUCCAGCAUCUCAAGUCUUUCCUGAAGCGCUUCCUAAAGACGGCGCUCGGUUCCGGCACACCCAGUAAAAUCGGCCUGGCCGUGUUUGGGCGGGAGGCUCAGGUGGAGGCUCGAGUGGGCGAGUUCAAAGGCGACCUGAAGGCUCUGCUGGAGGCGGCUGACACCCUGCGACCCGUGGGCGGUCCCGCACGAACGGGCCAGGCCUUGCGAUACGUCACGCGCAACGGCUUCGUCAACGCCGAUGUCACUGAUGACCUGCCGCGCGUGGUGGUGUUGCUGACUGGCACGCCCGCCGUCGACCAGCUUUCCGAGCCGUCCAAGUACGCUCGGGACCGGGAGAUCUUCCUAGUCGCCGUCGGACCGGACUCGACCAGGGGACAGCUGGAUAACAUUACGGGAAACCCUCAAAGGACCCUCACUUACGCCUCUCCUGAUAAGCUGGCGGGCAAAAUCCUUGAACUCAAGGCCAAGAUCUGCAGUGUGGAUACACAAGGUUGCCUAGGUCAAGCAGUGGACUUGGUGUUUGUCCUGGAUGCCUCUAGUGGCGUCGGACGCGCCAACUUUGCCGCCACGCGCGAUUUUGCUCGCAGCCUCACCGUCCAGUUUGACAUCAACCGCGACUUGGCCCAAGUGGCUCUGGUGACCUACGGCCGUCGCGCCGUCACAGUUUUUGAUCUCGCCACCCACCAGACGGGUUCCGACGUCCUGGAAGCGGCGACGCUGGCCGGUUACGCGGGCGGGAGGGCGUCGACGGGCGCCGCCUUGCUCCACGUCCGCUCGGACGUCCUCACGGCGGCUAAGGGGGCCCGUCCGGGUGUCGGCAAGGCCGUGGUGCUUCUGACCGACAGCUCUGGCGGCGACGACGCUCUGGUUCCGGCUCGGAGCUUGCGGGAGGACGGGGUGGCGCUGUUUGUCGUCGGCGUCGGGGACGUGCAGCGGGACGGCCUGUUGCGGGUGGCCGGCUCUGAGGAACGCCUCAUCUCGGUGCCGUUUUACGAGGACCUCAAGUACUUUGAGGAUGUGGUGGUGCAGAUGGUGUGCUCGGAAAUGAGAAAGCCCGUGGACGUUUGUAAACCCAACCCUUGCAUGAACGAGGGCAUGUGCGUCCUCUCUGGAGGAAGUUACAGUUGUCAGUGUCAUCAUGGCUUCCAAGGACCUCACUGUGAAACACGAAGAAGCGUCAGAUCUUCAUCUCGGCGAGAUCUCGGUUUGCGGAACAACCACAAAAGGCAGAAGAAGAGUCACCCGGAGUUCCUUCGUCGCUACAAAGUGCAUGGCAGCGGGAGGAACGCCAUCUGAAACACAAAUUCACUCACACUCACAGCCAUUCAUGUUUUAUAGUGAUAUUUUUUUUUGUCUGACAAGACCCGAAUAAUGAAUGAUCAUUUGUACUGUAUCUCAUCCAAGAUCGAUCCAGAUAUAAUAUAUAGAUAUUAGGGCUGUCAAAUGAUUAAAAUUUUUAAUCGAGUUAAUCGCAGCUUAAAAAUUAAUUAGUCCUUAUUGAUCACAAUUCAAACCAUCUCUAAAAUUUGCCAUGUUUUUCUGUAAAUUAUUGUUGGAAUGGAAAGAUAAGACACGAGACAGACAUAAACAUUACACAUACUGUACAUAAGUACUGUAUUUGUUUGUUAUAACAAUAAAUCCACAAGAUGGCAUUAACAUUAUUACAUUUAUGUGUAUUUUGCAUAGCUAUUUGAUUGGGAAUGCCAGUCCUCUUUGCAUAGAGCGCUUUUCUUUUUGUGAACAUUAUUUGUUUGAGAGAUUAUUUUUGUUGUGCUUUUCCCUAAAUGAUACUGUAGCGACUUAACUGUUUGGCCCAAAUGCAUGAUGGGAAGUUGGGCAACCAUGACUGUCAGUGGUGGCUGCAAAUGGCAUACAGUAUGUUCUGAGUUGUGUUCAAUUAAGAGUGUGAAGAAAAAGAUCGUCUCCUGCUCUGCCCAAAUGCAUGAUGGGAAGUUGGGCAACCAUGACUGUCAGUGGUGGCUGUUUAAGCCAUUAAAAGGCAUGCAUUUCUCCGCCUUUUCAGUCUCAAUGUGCUAAAACUGCGUCAUUGUAAACCGUUUGAGGCAACGCAUGAAUGGGUCAUUCCGUCCAUGUGUUAAUUGCGUCAAAUAUUUUAACUAGGGCUGUCAAAAUUAUCGCGUUAACGGGCGUUAAUUAUUUUUUUAAAUUAAUCACGUUAAAAUAUUUGACGCAAUUAUUGCAGAUGGCCCGCUCAGACAGAUUUAAAUGACAGUUCAGUGAAACGCUCACUUGUAGUGUCUAUGGAGUUUUGCCGCCCUCUGCUGGCACUUGGGUGAGACUGAUUUUAUAGGCUUCAGCUCCCAUCAGCAUUGUGUAAUUAUUGACAUCAAUGGCGGGCUAUUAGUUUAUUUUUUGAUUGAAAAUUUUACAAAUUUUAUUAAAACGAAAACAUUAAGAGGGGUUUUAACAUAAAAUUUCUAUAACUUGUACUAACAUUUUUUUUUUAAGAACUACGAGUCUUUCUAUCCAUGGAUCGCUUUAACAGAAUGUUAAUAAUGGUAAUGCCAUCUUGUUGAUUUAUUGUUAUAAUAAACAAAUACAGUCCUUAUGUACCGUAUGUUGAAUGUAUAUAUCCAUCUUGUGCCUUAUCUUUCCAUUCCAACAAUAAUUUACAGAAAAAUAUGGCAUAUUUUAUAGAUGGUUUGAAUUGCGAUUAAUUGCGAUUAAUUAAUUUUUAAGCUGUAAUCAACUCGAUUAA